AUGUCUCUAACUUCUAAAAUAUUAGCGCUACAUGAGAAUGGUGUAUCAAAUAGACAAAUUGCGAUAAUAUUAGGGACAAACGAAUGGAGUAUGAGAAAUUUUUUAAAAAAUUAUAUUAUUUCUGGCUCUUUGGAGCGAAAAACUGGAAGUGGAAGGCCGAAGCUUCUUAAUGAAAGGGAUGAAAGACUUUUGAAACGAAUUUCACUUCGAAAUCGAUUUUCAAAUGCGGGCCAAGUUAGAAAGAUAUUUCAAAAGCAAACUGGAAAGCGAAUUUCAAUACGAACAAUGCAAAUUGAGUUGAAUAAGUUAGGAAUGGAAGCCCGAAAGCCAGCUAAAAAGCCCCUUUUGUCGAAGAAAAUGAAGUCGCAGCGUUUGAAAUGGGCAAAUACUUGUAAAAACUGGACUGUGGAAGACUGUUGA